UGUAAAAGCCAAACGUGAUAAAGCGAAAGAAAUAAGAAAACUGAGGAACCAUUGCUGAAUUGAGUACGAGUACGUGUGAAUUGAUUGCAGGCCAAAGGAUAACGUGCGCAACAUGGCUGGCCAGACGAUCAAUGACAGGUUGUUGGCUGCGCGGCACAGUCUCGCUGGGCAAGGACUAGCAAAAUCCGUCUGCAAGGCAACUACAGAGGAAAUGAUUGGCCCCAAGAAGAAACAUCUCGACUAUUUGGUACACUGCACUAACGAGCCGAACGUAUCGAUUCCUCACUUGGCUACAUUGCUCAUCGAGCGAUCCCAGAACGCCAACUGGGUUGUGGUUUACAAAGCACUCAUCACAACUCACCACAUGCUGGCCUACGGGAAUGAGCGAUUCAUCCAAUACUUGGCGUCCAGCAACUCGUCCUUCCAGUUGAAUAAUUUUCUCGACAAAGGCGGUGUGCAAGAUACCGUAGGUGCCGUGGGUGCUCGUAUGGGCUACGACAUGUCACCGUUCAUACGGCGAUACGCAAAAUAUCUGAACGAGAAGGCUCUAUCGUACCGCACGGUGGCCUUCGAUUUCUGCAAAAUGAAACGUGGCAAGGAGGAAGGCUCGCUAAGGGUCAUGCAUGCCGAUAAGCUGCUGAAAACGCUGCCUAUACUGCAGGCUCAGCUCGACUCCCUGUUGGAGUUCGAUUGCACUGCGAACGAUCUCACCAACGGAGUUAUCAACAUGUGUUUCAUGUUGUUGUUCCGCGACCUGAUACGGCUAUUUGCCUGCUACAAUGAUGGCAUUAUUAACUUGUUGGAGAAGUAUUUCGAUAUGAACAAGAAGCAGUGCCGCGACGCAUUGGAUCUGUACAAAAAGUUUCUUACCCGCAUGGACCGUGUAGGAGAGUUUCUAAAGGUGGCUGAGAAUGUUGGCAUUGAUAAAGGCGAUCUUCCCGAUUUAACCAAAGCACCGAGCUCGUUGCUUGAUGCUCUUGAACAGCAUCUACUCGCUCUGGAGGGUAAGAAGGGUUCCGCGGCGAAUACUCCUACUCAAACGGCAAGCAAUCAAAAGAAUGUAAAAAGUGGUGUUAAUGCACUAUCGACCACCAGCUCGUCUUUCGGGACUGUAGCUGAAUCGAGCAAAUUCGACAGCCCCACAAAUGGUAUGAUCGAUGAAAGCUUAAAGGCCCAAGUUCUUGCCGAAGAAGAGGCUGCGAUGAACCAGUACAAGUCGAAGGUAUCGUCCCCAACAACGGCGACCGCAUUAACCAAUCCGUUCCUGUCGUCACCGACGGCUAGUCAGAAUAAUAUCGUCGAUUUGUUUGAAGCACCCAAGCAUGCUGCAGAUCAGCAGGCUGCUGCCGCAUCUUCUAAGGCUUCGGACGAUUUGCUACAACUCGGGAAUCCGUUUGCAGAUGUUUUCGCAACUCCAGCCCCUACCGUCCCUAGUUCCGCACCGGUUGCAGGGCAAAAUGCGUUCGCCAAUACUGCGUGGAUGGGCAAUGGGGGUUUCAAUGGAACCAUGACUGGGGCACCGGUUUCCGGAAUGGGUAGUCUGACUGCCGGUCAGUCAGUCACAGGCGGAGAUACCUUCGUUUCGGAUAACAAUUUUACUUCUGUAUUCGGUGGUCUUGAACAAAACGGUUCCAAUGCACCCGCCGCAAGCACGGUUCAAUCAGGCAAGGUGUUGACAGGAGAUUUGGACAGUUCAUUGGCAUCGUUAGCUGAAAGUCUCACCAUUAAUAAAUCUAACUGUGGGAAAAACGUUCAGUGGAGUUCACCGAAAACUUCGGCUAAAACUGGUUCCGCAGGGUGGUCACCACAGCCGCAACCGGCUACUAAUCAGAGUGGUUAUAAACCAAUGGCACAAGGUAUGACCGUUUUUCCAGUUCCUAGCACAAUACAUCCCACUACGCACACUUCCCUUCCCGUAGUGCCAGCAUUUUACAUUCAGCAAGGCAUGACCCAGAUAAGGCCCAUGAUGGGUGCAACAAUGGCUGGUGCAACACCCGGUAUGGCUCCUGCCAUGGGUGCUCCUGGCAUUCCGACCCAGGCGGCGGUUCUCACUAGUCAACAGCCGCUUCAUAUGCAAGGAGCGGCACAACAGUCGGCAUCGGGUAUGGCACCGAAAACCGCUGGAGGUGCAAACAUUCAACUUGAUCCAUUCGGAGCCCUGUAAAUUUUGUGCUCGCAGACCCAAAACUGAUCCAAUCUGACGGUCCACCCUUGGGCUGUCACGAAUCCAUACUCUUACUCGUACUGAACAUGAAUUAGUCAUGAAUCUGAAUGGACCGAUCGAUUCACUAGAGCAACGUAAAAUGCAAGAAACCAAGCUCGUUAGCAAAGGGAUAAUAAUGAUGAAUAUAAUGUAGCUACCGAUACUAUAAGCUUACCAUAUGUUGAAAACACAAAACAUAUAUUUACUACCGCUGAUACGAUGAUUGCAUUGCGAGCGUACAGGAAGCGAUGGGUUCGGCGCGGUACGUUUUAAAUUAUUUCAAUCUAAGAACAUUCGAGUGUAAAGAAAAAAACGUAAGCGCUCCCAUUAUGUUAUAUUGUGAAGUAUAAAUGUAUAAAAAUGUUAAACUUAUAUAAUCAUUAAACUCUCGACUCGACUAUACCGAUUAGACUUGGCAGGACCCAGAAACGAUGCGCAAUCGUCGAAAAGUAAUGGAUAUGAUUGCUUCCCUUUGACUCAAAAGAUUCAACCAUUUUGUGAGUACAAUCAAAAGCAAACGACAAGAGUGACUCUUUUCUCUUUGGUACCUUGCCAAAUGCCCAGUGUCGCCGCCAGUUGUGGGUAGCGUCCAUCCGAGUGACUUCGUCCGCUUGUUGAUUGCACGAAUGCUUCACAAGUUGGUCAAAAUGUGAUCAAAGUGCUACUUUAAAACCUAAGCAUUCGAGCUUUUCCUCGUGGUAUUAACAGUUGGUAGAAUGAAUGCAUUCCAAAUAGCAACUGCAAAAAAAUCACCGACCACCCGGAACACCGUGGUGAAACGUUUUUUUAUGCUACCAAACUCUGGUACGCAUAUUUGGCAAAGAUAGUCGAACUGGCGUUUCGACAUGUUAUACUAGUAGCUUCGAAUCAUUCCCGUUUGCGAAGUGCGUGGGACAGAGAUCCCGAAAGGAUUAACUUACUUUCAGUGUGUGGUGAUAGGUAAAGAAAUAUCAGUAGAGAAAUAGAAGUAAUGAUGAACGAAUUGUAAAUUAUGUUGAAAAGAAUGGAAGACUAGAUAAUUGCUCGUUGAUAGUCAUGAAAGGAGUGCUACUGCAAUAUUUUUUUAGUUGUUGUACAUGCUUUACAGCACUAACGUAUCGGAUGCUUUCACCUCUUCAUGCUGAUCGGACUCACGAAAGCUGUUCCAUGCAAGAUAAGCGCUAGCUGCUGAAUGUUCCAAACAAAUGGAAAAUAUUCAGGCUUCAACCUGCAUGAUCUUGCACGACAAUACCAGCACUAUCCAAGCUAUCGAAUAAGGAGAAGACAUGAGUAGGGUACAUCUUAAUUAUCUCUCGUAACCCCGCAAUGAAGUGCAAAUAUUAUUUUAGGGAAAACAUGUUAAUGGGGAUGCUUUCGCAGGUGAACGAAAAUGAAAAACCCAUCCACCAAUCAAGAGUUCCGUGUGCAUGUAUUUAUACAUAAUGAUGAGGCAAAAUGUAGUAAUAUUAAUACUGUUGUACACACAUACGAUUAAUAAUCCAGCAGGGCCAAUGCACUCAGUGCACGUGGCAGGCUAGUAGCGCAAGUUAUAUAUGAAUACAUCGUACUUUGCCAAAACGAAGAACGGCUUAUCGUGUAGUAGUAGAAUGUAACAUGUUGUGUUUUCUUCCUCACUGUUAUCCCGAAAAUCGAUUGUUCAGCUUGAAAAAAAACGGCAGAUAACGUAGGGAUUAAGCACGUGUACUUACCGUGGACGAAUGUAUUGGGUACCAUAUGCAUGUACUAAAAUCUGAUGAAAAUGCCGAUGAAAAUGCCCCAAAUAUCUGGCGCAUUUCGAUGUAUUCGUAGUAAAGGUUGGGAAGGUGCAUUCUUGUUGAAAAUUUUGUGUUUUUGGCUGCAUUAGUCACACGCCAUAAUGAUGCACUAAAUAGUGAGAGAGGCUGGGCGAGUAAAAAUAUGCUUUAGUAAAAAUUUAUCACAUCGAUGAAAGUAGAAGUUAAUUACAUCCCAAUUGCUUGGCACAGUAAAAGGCAAAGGAAACAUAUGUGCACGGUGUGUUGGAAUGGUGAGUGUUAAAGCAAGUCUCUCUGUUUUCACAUGAUUUUCGUUAUCUAUGAAACUAUCAACGCUAAACUAUGGCUUAGAAUGCGAUGAUCGCAACAACAAUACCGGAUGUAUGCAUCCAAUCAUAAAGAUGAACAUAUACACAAGAGAAUUAUAAGAAUUAUAUAUUAUAUAUAUAUUAUAUAUAUAUAACGUUGUUCUAGUGAUGAAAAAAUAGAUGAUUCGAACAAU